AUGGGCCACCUGAACAUACACACCGCCGGCCUGGCGGCGCUUGCCCUUGCCAGCCAGGCCACACUGGCCUCGGCGGCCGCGAUCCACGGCCCUCGCCAGGCGGCCGCCGCGCCCAAGACGGCAAAGUACUGCGACAACUCGCUCGGCGCCACGGUGUGCUUCGCCGAGUUCACGGCGGCCACGUCGGGGACCGUGUUCCGCUUUGCGAUUCCCGAGGUGCAAAAGGCGCCGUUUGACACGCUGGUGCAGGUCGUGGCGCCCGCGGCGGUGGGCUGGGCGGGCCUGGCCUUUGGCGGGUCCAUGGUGCAGAACCCGCUCGCGGUGCUGUGGGUCGACGGCAGCAAGAGCAAAGGCCAAGGCGUGGCGUCGUCGCGCUGGUCCAGCGGGCACACGCCGCCCACGUCGUACAACGGCGCGUCGUACGACGUGCUCAGCGCGGCGGCCAACGCCACGCACUGGACCAUUGACGCGGUGUGCCACGGCUGCAGCGCGUGGGGCACCAACAACACGUCGCUGAACCCCAGCGGCGUCAACCGGAUCGGGUACGCGACGAGCAAGACGGCGCCCACGACGCCCGGCAGCAACUUGAGCACCAUUGCCAUUCACUCGGAAAAGGGCGUCGCGCCGCUCGACCUCAGCGUCGGCAAGGUGGACUCCAACACGUUCAAGCGCUACCUGCUGUACCUGUCGAGCAACCCGUCCGAGUCGGCAGGCGCCGGCGACGGCGACGGCGGUGAUGGCGCGUCGUCGGCGGAGGCGCCGGUGCCGACCCUCCCCAAGAACAUUCCCACGACCACCAUCGGCAUGCCCCAGACGCCGCCCGGCCAGCCCGCCCAGACGACAUCCGUGCGCCAUACCACCAUUGGCCCCAGCUACGCGCCGACCACCAUUGUCGGCACGCCCGUGCGGUCCACGGGCGUGACGGUGACGGUGACGGUGACCUCGCCUCCGAGGGGCGGCGGCGGGGGCGCACCCGCGCCGACUCCGUGCAACCAGGGUGGCUUUGGCGGUUUUGGCGGCUUUGGCGGCGGCGGCCGGUCCUGCACACCGCCGUCGUAUGGUGGCGGCGAUAAUGGCGACGACGGUGACAACGACGAUGGCGGCGACUCGGGCUUCGGCGGCGGUGGCGGUAUUUUUGGCGGUGGUGACGGCGGCUUUGGCGGCGGACGCGGUGGCGGCGGCGGUUUUGGCGGUGGUCGGGGCGGUGGCUUUGGCGGUGGGCGUGGAGGCGGCGGCGGCGGCGGCUUUGGCGGUGGUUUCGGCGGCGGCUUUGGAGACAAUGGCGAUGACUGA